CUUAGAUUAACAAGAAAUCUUGCAGAAAUCGACUUCCUCAAGCAAUAUUGACUUGAAUAAUGCCAGUGUCACAUCUGGUAGUUCUAAGGAAAAAAUUGCUAAAAAACUGGCUAAUCAAAACUUAACAUAACGUCGCCUUGCGCCAACAAGGUCAAGUUAUCUUCUAAAUACUGAGCGAGAUUUUCACGUACAUUUAUAUGCUUAAGCCCAAUGAUUGUUGUAAGUGAUAAAUCGCGAGCUAAAUUAUAAAAUGGCUUGUGAGCGAGCGACCUAAAGCUGUACCCUCGCACUGCAUUGUUGAUACUGUGUCGUACGGACGUGUGAUUAUAAAAAACACCUCAAAAUGCCAUUCGAAAGGAUCUUCGAUGAAUCAUACCCUCGCGUGUACGACACAUGGGAGUCAAAUGGAGUCAAAUAUAUAGUCCAAGACCUACCUGCAGAAGACGAUGAGACAGCCAUCAAGAUCCUGGUGGAUAAUCUAUGCACUGACGAGGUGCUCUGCAAUUUGAGUGAGCUCGUCAAAGACCCCGAGAGUGUUCAUGGUAUAGUGGCAUAUUGGCGUUAUUACCUAGCUAAAAGGAUGAGUUUGGGUUGCUACGCUGAGAUAAAUGGUGAAAAAAAAUUGGUGGGACUUAAUGUAUGCUACGUGGGGUGUAAAGGAGAACAUGACGACUUAGAGGUCAUAGGUAAGAAAUGGAAGAAUGUGUACGACGUUCUGGAGUAUGGAGAAUCAAAGUACGACGUAUACGCACUAUUAGGCAUGGAUAAGAUUCUCCACGCGCUGGGCUUGGUCGUCGCCAGGGAGUAUAGAGGGGCGAAGUUUGGCGCCAGACUACUUAACGCUAGAACUCCGUUAAGCCUGUCACAAGGCGUGAAAGGCACCGCGACGGUCUUCACAGGGAUAGCAUCGCAGACGUUGGCGUACAAAUGCGGGUUUACGGACGCCCUAGUAAUGCCAAUCAGUGAACUAGCUGAAAUAGGCCUCGACUAUCCUAAAAAUGAUGAUAGAGUUAUCAAAUUUAUGAUUAAGAAAUUUGAAUAGACUGAGGAAGAAAAUAUGAAUAAAUGGGCGCAAACCGUAAGCCAGUGGUUUAAGAGUACUUAAUAAGGCUGAUUUUUUAAUCGUCUGAUAAAAGUUAUCCAUAGAUUAAUAGAAAACAAAGCGAUAAAGAUAUUUUACACAUACAGCUAAUAAUAAAAUGGCGACGACCUAGUUCGGAGUGGAACGAACUGGCGAGUCGAAUGUUUGCGUGUUCAAAACCCAAAGACACUAAUCUCUGACUUUUCGAAAGUACGUUCUUCAGACAUUCUUUACAAGGAAUUUCAGGGUAGGGUGAAGUCUGCCAAAACACUAGGCCACCGUGGUGGACUAAGGCCUAAUCCCUCUCAGUAGUAGAGGAGGUCCGUGCCCAGCAGUGGGACAGUACAAGGCUAAUAUUAUGAUCUUAUUAUUACACAUACAGCUGUGACCAAUGUCGGUUAUACGAGCUGGUGAACAGGCAAACUGCCCAAGGCCCUCAGGUUUGCAAAGGGGAUAAAGAAAGAAAAAAAUUAGCCAUCUUCGCCAAUCGUGUAAAAAGCCUCAUCUAAAUAUCUGUCGCUCAGAACUUCGAUUAGAUAAAUCUGUUACUAACAAACUGUUUAUUUAUUUAUAUUGUUUUCUCCUGUAGCACAUUUUUACACAUAGAAUUAUGAUUUUAUCUAAUGAUUGCAAAUUAGCCCUUAAUUGAAUAUUUGGUACCCGACUCUUGGUGUGAGACUGUUUCACAAGUUUUAUGUAAAUUUUAUUUGAUAGUUUUCGUAUUGAACAGUACAGGGAGAUAGAGUACUUAUUUUGUUACUAUUUACUUGGAAACAUAGAUUAAAGUGUGACUUUUGAAUAUGGUCGGCUUAUACAUCUAUGUUAUAAAUAACAUUUACUCUGAAGUUAUGGAACAUGCCCUAAAUAUAAGUUUAUUAUUAUUAAGUUGUUAUUAAAUUUAAUAAUUUUUGAUCUUGGAA